AGUCAUCUUUCCAUGGGUCUCUUCGUUUCGAAACGGAUCAACAAAACCCUCAUUUCUUCUCCGGCCUUCACCGCCGCCUGCAAUUCCAUCUACGCCGAUUGCCAGUCCAAAGCCCAGCACGCUUUCUCCGGCCUCCGCCGCUACCAGCUCCUUGACGCCGCCGUUCACCUCCACACCACACUCUCCACCACCGUCCCCCUCAUCCACCGUUGGGUUUCUUCACCCCCAAGCCAAGCCCAGGUCGAUGCAGCGCUACACCGGCUGGAUCCGCACGGCGGAUGGGAAGAUCUCUAUCCAAACCAGUUCCGUUCUUUCGCGCUGGAGCUGUUCCAGGAUGCAGUGGUGUGUGGUGCCAGCUCGACGGUGAUCAAGGGGGUGCCUAUCGGCGCAGCGGGCAUAGCCGGAGUUGGUAUCGCGAGCCACGCCGGAGCUGGGUUUGUUGGGAGGAUCAUCGGAGUCUACGCCGUUGGGGUUGUCGCCGCUGUCUAUCUUAACUUGUCCUAAAAAACUCUAUAUAUUAUUCUGGACCCUUUUUUUUUUUUUCUUUUAUAUAUAAUUUGAAUGUUAUAUUUUAUCAUAUAUUUCUAGAAAAUUAAAAAGAAAUCAUAAUAGUUGGUGUACGGUAAUUACUCGUAUAUGUGAUUAAGAGAUUUUGAGUUGUUCUCCCUAUU